UAGACGGCGACCAGCGCGAGCGCGAGCGCACGCAUUUCUUCUCGGCGGCUCAGCGUUUAUAUUUCCCCUCUGACAUCAUUCGCGUUAGAUCAGAUCGGCCAGAGUGUGUCGGUCGGUGUGUAUGUGUUCUGUUUGCCUGGGUUUACUUUUUCUGUUUGUUUGUAUUUGUUUUGUGUUUGCGAUCCGAUCCGAUCCGAUCCGACAGUCGAAAUCAAGAGGUGACUCCGAGUCAGCCGCACUCUCUCCGCUGCCGCCAGUCGUUGAACGUAAUGCUUCGGAACCGGCGCCCGAAACUCCCGAAAGUGUCGAAUGAGCCGCAACCGCGAUCGCAAGGAUUCGCCAACGAGAGUCGCAGAAGGGAUCAGCUAGCUCCCAGGAUCCCCGAGUGAUUCCUGGCAGGCGUCGCUCCGACGUCCACCACCUAGCUCCUCCUGCUCCCGCUCCCGCUCUGCCCCCCACUAUGUACUCGGCGGUCCGCACGUACGACUACGAGUAUCCCGAAUCGGAGAUGGACGAACGGGAGAGCCUAUACUUUGACACGAUUUCGCUGGCGGACUCCGAGGCGGCCGCCGCGCACCGCAAGUCGAUGUCGCAAUCGAGGAACACCAUCUACCACUCUGCGGUCGACCUGGCCGAAAACGAGGGACGAAACAGUCUGCGGUUGGGCGCUGCCGAGCACGCGGCUCUGGCGUGGCAGCCCGGAUACCGCCAGUCAACGGCGCUGGAACAUCUGAGAGAAACGGGAGGCGGCGGCGACCACACGGACGCAGCUAUAACCGCCCAGAUCCUGGCCCUGCAAAACGGACGCGGCCACCUGCCCACCGGAAUCGGUGUCGGUGGCGGACCCGGCAGAAACGCCGCUGGCGGCGCUGACGCAGGAUGUGGUGACGAUGAGGUCUCUAGACGUCUUUUAAGAAAUAGUAGCACCAUUUCUAAUAAAGAUAAGAAAUUGCCAAUUACAUACUCCCAGUGGAAAUCGAGGACGUAUCGCCGCUUUGACGAUGGCAACCGCAGCGUGGACUUCGUGCUGGCCUACAAUGGCGAGGUCCAGUUGGAGGAGCAUCGGCGCAAGCGCGAAAUCUUUGAGGCGAACUUGCGGCGGGAGGGCUUACAGCUGGAGCACAACAAGGUGCAGCGCGUCCACUUCAUCAAGAUUCAUGCGCCGGCGGAGGUGCUCUACCGCUAUGCCGAGAUACUCAAGAUCAAGGUGCCGCUGAAACCCAUUCCAGGCCAGGAGCAAAUCUUCGCCGAGUCCGCGCACGAGUUCAAGUCCUGCUUCACGCGGAUGUGUCGCAGUCUGUUCAGUUCCGUGCAGCUGAACACGGCACUCUUCCCGGAGCGCGAAGGCCGCAUUCACCUCGAGUUUAGCCGCAACUACCUGGACCUGUACGACAAGGAGCACCCAAACUUCUUCGACGCCAGCACCCGCUACUCCAUUAUCAACUUUAUUCUGCAGCGCCAGCACUUCGUCGAGGGCGAGGAGACGGCCGACAACCUGGGCGUCGAGAAGCUCGUCCAGGACGGGGUCUACUCCUGCGCCUACACUCUGCACGACAAAGACGACCGCGAUCGCCUGCUCAAGGAAUGGGCCAACGUCAGCAAGUGGAAGAACCUCCAACCACUGGACCAAAUCAAAGACUACUUCGGAGCCAAGGUAGCGCUGUACUUUGCAUGGCUGGGAUUCUACACACAGAUGCUGAUACCCAUCAGUGUGCUGGGAAUACUCUGCUUCUUCUACGGAUUCCUCACGUGGAGCAACGAUCCAAUUAGCCGGGACAUCUGCGACGACAACGGAACCAUCAUGUGUCCACAAUGCGACCGAAGCUGUGAUUACUGGAGGCUUAACGAGACCUGCACGUCUUCCAAGUUCAACUAUCUGAUCGACAACAACAUGACAGUAGUGUUCGCCCUGGCGAUGUCCAUUUGGGCCGUGGCCUAUCUGGAGUUCUGGAAGCGCUACUCGGCGGGUCUAGUCCACCGCUGGGGCCUCACCGGAUUCAACCACCAUGUCGAGCAUCCGCGACCCCAGUACCUGGCCAAGAUAUCGCGGUCCAAGAAGCUGUCCGGCAAGUCAGAGCUGCAGGACGAGAAUGGCAAACGGCCGAUCCUGGACCCCGACGUGCCCUUUUGGAGCAUCAAGUUCCUGCCGAACUUCACCAGCUACAGCAUAAUGAUACUGUUUAUUUGCAUAUCGGUCAUCGCUAUCGCUGGCAUCAUCAUCUACAGGAUGGCGCAGCGCGCCUCGCAUAGCAUCCUGGGAAGCGAAAACUCCAUGACGUUCAAGGUGAUGAUCCUGCCCAUGACUGCGGGAAUAAUCGACCUUAUCGUCAUCUCCAUGCUGGACCUGGUUUACUCCAGCCUCGCCGUCAAGCUGACUAACUAUGAGUACUGCCGCACGCAGACGGAGUACGACGAGAGCCUGACCAUCAAGAACUACGUGUUCCAGUUUGUGAACUACUACUCCUCGCUCUUUUACAUCGCGUUCCUCAAGGGCAAGUUUGUCGGCUAUCCGGCAAAGUACAAUCGCGUCCUCGGCUUUCGUCAGGAGGAGUGCAACCCGGGCGGCUGCCUCAUGGAGCUCUGCAUGCAACUGGUCAUCAUUAUGGCAGGCAAACAAGCUGUGAACGCUAUCGUGGAGAUGCUCAUCCCUUAUCUGAUGCGCACCUUCAAGGAGCUGAGCUAUCGCCACGGCUGGCACAAGAACAACAAGGACCAGCGACUGGUGCCCUACAAUCAGUUCACCGAAGACUAUAACCUCCUGCCCGCCGAAAAUAACUCUCUCUAUGCGGAAUAUUUGGAAAUGGUUGUGCAGUUCGGGUUCAUCACACUGUUCAGCUUGGCCUUUCCCUUGGCCCCGCUUCUGGCCCUGCUUAAUAAUGUGAUCGAAGUCCGGCUGGACGCCAUAAAGAUGCUCCGCUUCGUGCGACGUCCCGUUGGGAUGCGGGCACGCGACAUCGGAGUUUGGCACAGUAUUAUGACCGUCGUCACUAGGAUAGCCGUGGCCUCGAGUGCAAUGAUUAUCGCAUUUAGUACGAAUCUGAUACCAAAAAUCGUGUACGCCGCGUCGAUGGGCGAUCCAGAGUUGAACAACUACCUGAACUUUACGCUGGCGGUGUUUAAUACCAAGGACUUCCAGGUGGAGCCGCUUCUGGGGGGCAGUCAGUUUGUGAAUGAAACCCAGUGCCGGUACACCGAGUUUCGGAAUCCGCCAUGGCACGAACAGCCCUACAAGCGCCCGAUGAUUUAUUGGAAGAUUUUGACUGGCCGGUUAGCCUUCAUUGUAAUUUACCAGAACAUAAUCAACAUGCUUCAAGGAAUCCUGCGUUGGGCGGUUCCCGACGUCUCUGGCCGCUUGCUGAAACGCAUUACGCGCGAGAACUUCUUGCUGCGGGAGCACAUAAUCGACUACGAGAAGCAGCACGCCAUGCAGCAGGCCCAGAUGACGGUGAACGGCCUGCGUCAGAGGACAACGGACACCCAAGCCCCUGGAUACGAUGACGCCACCACUUUCGUAUGAAGAGAUGUGGCGGGUCAUUCCUUGGUUUCUAGGCUAAAACCCGUAGAUAGUUUGCGUAAUUUGUACAUACGAACACCAGUGAUCCCCGCAGUGCAGUUGGGGACUCGUACUUAAGAUGUUCUUUUGUACUAUUCGCAUUGGGAAUGCUCAACGAAUUUGGGACAGUCCCACCGAAUUUGGGACUGUGCUCUCGAGUCAAGGAACUGCAUUUUUAUAUAUACCCACACGAAUAUUGUUUUGUAUUGAUAUUUGAUUUCCGGUUUGGAGCCAAGAGAACCCCGUAGUUGGCCAAGUCGCUUUAGCAGCACAUGAGUAUACUAUAAGCAUAUGAAUAUGAAUAUAAAUAUAAAUAUAUAUUUCAAUAUUUUAAAAUAAUAUUUACACGUCCAAAGUGCAUUAACAACGAGACGAGGAAGCAUAUAUGAUUUGUGAAGGAAACCAACCGUAGCUGGUAUCAAUCUACAUAUGUAUUUCUAUGAAGCAAACCUACGAUACAUCAUGAACAAAACGAAUAAUACCCACACCACAGAUUGUGUUAACACUAAUAUUAAAUACCAUUCAAUGUACCUAACAAUGUUGCCCACAGCCGAAUACCGAAUACCCCCUCCCUACAAUUCCUUUUUAAUUGUUGAUUAUUGCCAAGCGAGAGCAUUGCACUUAGCGCAAUAUUGUUGUUUUGAUAAAAAUAUAUCUACGACUAACAAACUAUUAAGAUAUAGGCUAAGCCCAAGAUUAAUUUUUACGUUGUGUGCUGCCUGCCGCAUAUGAAAUUAGAAUAACGAAUAAAGACGGAUUCAAAUGCAAUAUUA